GUCGGCGCCGAUCAGACGGAAGGGGAGCAGCUCGCGGCACGUGCACGCGCAGCGGUGGCCCCCCGACUGACGCGCACCCACUACUCACCGUCAGCAUGGAGCGGAUCAAGAGCUGGGUGGUUGGCUUGGCGCGACAGGGGCGCCGUCAGAGGCAUUGCCCCGCCGAAACCACGCCGUGCACAAACGACCCGAGCCAAGCCAAGGCCCAACAGGAGUUGACAGAAAUUGCGCCACAAUCGAAGCCGGAUGGGGGCUACGGCUGGGUCAUCGUGUUCGCUUCGUUCUUGGCCCACGUGGUCAUAUAUGGCGUCUCGUGGUCAGUCGGUAUCUUCAACGUCAUCUUCUUGGCGGAGUUCCAGCAAUCAAAAACUGCCACCGCAUGGGUCGGCUCGUUAUUGAAUGCGAUGAUGUUUUCAUCAGGUGGGUGUGAUCUCGUCACGCUGGUGCAGCGCUACGGCUGCCGGCCGGUGCUCCUCUCCGGCGGCGUUAUGGCCUCAGCUGGCAUCGCGCUCUCGGUGGCUGGCUCACAGCAGCUGUACGUCCUCUACCUGACGUUUUCCCUGCUUGGUGGGAUCGGCCUCGGCCUAGCCUACAUCCCGACAGUGGUCAUCGUCAGCGAGUACUUCGAGCAGCGGCGGACCAUCGCGCUCGGCCUGGCUGUCUCUGGCGUCGGCCUCGGCGGCUUCGUCUUCCCGCCCGUCAUCAGGGCCCUGAUGGAGGUGUACACGUGGAGGAUGGUGCUGCUCAUCAUCGCGAGCAUCGUGCUGGGAACUCUGACUGUCUGUGGAGCCCUGAUGAAGCCCAUCGAGAAAAGGAAUGCCAGUGCCUUCCAGAAGGGUUACCUCAUCGAGCUAAAGGAGAACCUGGGAAUCAUGAAGUCAGUUCCAUUCUUGACGUCUCUUCAGCGUAGGACCAACUCGGGCCUGAUCUUCUCCAUCGUCGGCGUCUCCAACCUGGUGGGCCGGGUCCUGCACGGCGUGGUCUGUCAUUUCCCACGCAUGACCACCAUUCUCGUCUACAUGGUGUCCAGCGUGGGGUCCGGCAUCGCUACCCUGCUCAUGCCCGCCUCCAACAGCGUCAUCGCGCUCUGCGUGGUUGCCAGCGUGUUCGGCUUCUGCAGCUCAUGUCUGGGUGCCCUCCUUCCUGACAUCAUCAUCCGACUAGUGGGUGACCAGCGCCUCGGCAUUGGCUACGGCUUUCUCCUGCUGUUCGAAGGCGCCGGCUCUAUGCUAGGAGGACCCGUUGCCGGAAUGCUGUUCGACUACAUGUUGGUGUACGACUACAGCUUCUACCUGUCCGGCGUGCUACUGAUGGCCGCCGGGCUGGCGUCCGACGUAGAGCGGCUCGGCCCAGGCCCGCGCCUCCGGCUGCCUCUCCUGCCGCUCAGCCAGGCGUGCGUCGUGGAGGUGGCUCGGUUCAGCGCUGCGCCUCGACUGGAUGACGCGACCCAGGUCAGCUGGACGCGCGAGGAGCUCGCGUAG